CACAACACUGCCUGAGAAGUCUAAAGAGUGCACAUUGUCAUCUCUAUCAUAAACAGGCAAUACAGAAAACUUAGGAGCGUAAAGAUGCCCCUUUCAAGCAGCUCCACAUCCUCCACAAAGAGCAUCCGCAGAGCAGCAUCCGAGCUGGAGAGGUCGGAUUCCAUCACGUCUCCAAGAUUCGUCGGUAGACGCCAGAGCUUGAUCGAGGACGCGCGAAAGGAGCGAGAAGCCGCCGCUGCGGCGGCAGAGGCUGCUGAGGCCAGGGACCACAUAGUAUUUGAGGAGGAAGAUGGAAAAGCGCUUCUUAACAUCUUCUUCACGCUGAGGAGCUCGAAGACGCCCGCGCUGUCCCGGACACUCAAGGUUUUCGAGACAUUUGAAGCUAAAAUUCACCACUUGGAGACGCGACCAUGCCGGAAACUGAAGGAAAUCCUCGAGGGCCUGGAGUACUUUGUUCGCUGUGAGGUGCACCUCUCAGACGUCAGUACUCUGGUCAGCUCCCUGAAGAGGAACGCAGAGGACGUCAAAACCACCAAAGAAGUCAAAUUUCACUGGUUCCCAAAGAAAAUUGCAGAUUUGGACAGAUGUCAUCAUCUGGUCACAAAAUUUGAUCCAGACUUAGAUCAAGACCAUCCUGGGUACAGAGACCCGGACUACAGACAGAGGAGGAAGAUGAUUGGCGACAUUGCUUUUGGUUACAAACAUGGGCUGUCGAUACCCAGAGUAGAAUACACAGAGGAGGAGAUUGGCACAUGGCGAGAAGUCUAUUCGACCUUAAGGGACUUGUACAAUACCCAUGCCUGCAAUGAACACCUUGAGGCCUUUUGUCUGCUUGAGAGACAUUGUGGGUACAGUCCAGACAACAUUCCCCAGUUGGAAGAUGUGUCACGCUUCCUCAAAGAGCGCACAGGGUUUCAGCUGCGUCCGGUGGCGGGUCUGCUUUCAGCUAGAGACUUUCUGGCCAGUCUGGCAUUCCGUGUGUUCCAGUGCACCCAGUACAUCCGACACGCCUCCUCCCCUAUGCACUCCCCAGAACCAGACUGUGUCCAUGAACUUCUGGGUCACGUCCCCAUGCUGGCUGAUCGCACUUUUGCCCAGUUUUCACAGAAUCUUGGUCUGGCAUCUCUGGGAGCAUCAGAUGAAGACAUUGAGAAACUGUCCACGCUCUACUGGUUCACAGUUGAGUAUGGCCUAUGUAAGCAAAAUGGUGAGAUAAAGGCUUAUGGGGCUGGACUGCUUUCCUCUUAUGGAGAACUUGUGCACUCUCUGUCUGAUGAACCAGAGACACGGGAGUUUGAUCCAGACUCUGCAGCAGUACAGCCCUAUCAAGACCAGACCUACCAGCCUGUUUACUUUGUAUCUGAGAGUUUUACUGAUGCCAAGGAGAAAUUCAGGAGGUAUGUAGCUGGGAUCAAACGCCCCUUCUCUGUCAGGUUUGAUCCAUACACCUGCAGUGUCGAAGUCCUGGACAAUCCCCUGAAAAUCCAAGGGGGUCUGGAAUGUGUGAAGGAUGAGCUCAAGGCCCUGACAGACGCCCUCAGCGUUUUGUCAUGAUGAAGCCCCGGUCUCAGUAAUCAUCCUGCUAUUGUUUGCUUCCUCUUUGCAGAGCUCUGCCAUGUCCAACAUGUGACAGACCAAUGUGUUCAUCUUUGUGUGCUGUACCUCCAGUUUGACACUGAGUUGUUGCUUGUUCUAGCUGCCUGGUUGGCCAGCAAGGUUGUAACCCUAAAAACUUUAAAAUGCAGCCCCAGCAAAGUCUCCAAAGAUGUAAAAUGCUUUGCUGGGAGUGGAUGCAUUCAUGAUAUGAUUUGGUUUUACUUGACUUGGUUGUUUAUGCCUUUAAAGCAAAACUGUAUUGAAAAAUGUGUGAACAUUAGAGCCAAAACUAAAUGGAAAUGUGAUUAUGAAUGUAUUAAAAAAGACACCUAAUUGACUAUAUUAUAAUCAAAGAAACAUACCUGUAUAGUGCAGAUUGAAGUGUAUAUUUUAAUAGUUUAUUUUAACAAAAACAAAAAAUCCAUAACAACUUAUUAAAAGCUUUAUUUUAUGCACAUGUGAAUUGAAUAUUUGAGUAGUUAUUUGCAGAUUAAUUUGGUUUUAAGUUAUUUAGGUAUUGCUGUGUAUGUGAUGCUGUUUUGUCUCUUAAUGUAAAUGCAUAAUAAAAGAAGAAUACAAAUU